UUAUUACAGUUAUAACCGAACUAAAGAGUAAAACAUGAAAUUCGCAACGAGCGCUCUAUUAAUGGUUGUAMUGCAUUUCGCAGUUAACCAGGCAAGCGUCUUACCAGCAGCUCAAUUGCACGCCGACAAGUUUUCCGAUGGAGUCGAUUCGGCAAUCGCCGCCUCUAAAAGUGUUAGAAGCGCGGAUUCUCAACCGAGAGAAGUUUCUACCGACAUCAUCCCAACUAGUAGCCCAACCGGAGUUGAGACCGAWUCCGAUUGCUUGGAUAUGUACACACAAUCAAUUGUUGCCUUAUCGUCCAAGAAACAAAUUGMAUUUAACAACAUAUUCGAUUGCGUGUCUCAAGGAAAUUCGUAUUCGGUGUGCGAUGGUAAAUUUGGUUCGACCAUAAAAGAAAUUAAUUCCCGUAUCUCAGCGCUAAACCAAAAAUUUCAAAAGUGCUUGAAGCAUUUGARUAGUUGAUAAUAAUACUAACCACUUUCGCACAUAAAAAAAGAUGCUCAUAUGUUUUAAAUA